AUGGCUAAUAUUGUGGAGAUGAAAGUGAAUUUGCACUGCGACGAAUGCAUCAGGAAAAUACUAAAAGCCAUUAAGAAAAUAGAAGAUAUAGAGACAUACGAUGUGGACACCCAGCUCAACAAAGUGACGGUCACUGGGAAUGUAACAGAUGAACAAGUCAUUAGGGUUCUUCAGAAAGUGAGGAAAACUGCUGUUAAAUGGGACCAAGACAAUCAAACCCUCUCUGCGACCUAG